AUGCCUGUAUCCUCACAUUAUCCUCCCCUUGAUAUCCCCAACGUGGACCUCUGGACAUUCCUAUUCGAGCGCAAAGAAAGGAAAUUCCCAGAUGACAAAAUCAUCUACCAGGAUGCCGACACGCAACGAUACUACACCUACCAAGGCGUCAAGGACGCCGCGCUUUCCUUCGGCAAAGGAUUGAAAGCUACCUGGGAUUGGCGCAAAGGAGAUGUAUUGGCCCUGUUCACCCCCAACAGCAUCGAUACCCCCGUCGUGAUGUGGGGAACCCACUGGGCCGGGGGUGUGAUCUCGCCUGCCAAUCCCGCCUACACCGUCGAGGAGCUCGCGUUCCAGCUGCAGAACUCCGGUGCGAAGGCCCUGGCCACCCAGGUGCCUCAGCUCCCUGUGGCGAUUGAAGCUGCCAAGCGCGCUGGGAUUCCCGAGGACCGGAUCUUCCUGAUUGGCGAUGAGCGCGAUCCUCAGGCGAAGAUCAAGCAUUUCACAUCCGUCCGGAACAUCUCGGGCGCGACUAGGUUUCGUAAAACGAAGAUCGUCCCGGAGAAGGACCUCUCGUUUCUUGUGUACUCGUCGGGGACCACGGGGGUGCCGAAGGGCGUGAUGCUUUCGCACACAAACAUCGUCGCCAACAUCCUGCAGCUUGCGGCCGGCGAGGCGGGCAAUCUGACCUGGAACGGGGGCGCGGAUGGAACAGGUGACCGGGUGCUGGCCUUUCUUCCCUUUUUCCACAUCUACGGCUUAAACUGUCUUGUCCACCAGACGCUCUACCAAGGCUACCAACUCGUCGUCAUGCAGCGAUUCGACAUUGAAAAAUGGUGUGCCCACGUCCAGAACUACCGCAUCACUUUCAGCUACGUGGUGCCCCCGGUGGUCCUUCUCCUCGGCAAGCACCCCGUUGUCGACAAAUAUGACCUGUCGAGUCUCCGCAUGAUGAACUCCGGCGCCGCCCCGCUCACGCAAGAACUCGUGGAGACGGUGUACGCGCGCAUCAAGACGGGCAUCAAGCAAGGCUACGGACUCAGCGAGACCAGCCCCACCACGCACACGCAGCCGUGGGAAGAAUGGCGGACCAGUAUCGGCGCCGUCGGCAAGCUCCUCCCCAACCUGGAAGCCAAGUACAUGACCAUGCCCGAGGACGGGUCAGAACCCCGCGAGGUCCCCGUCGGCGAGGUCGGCGAGCUGUAUCUCCGCGGCCCCAAUGUCUUCCUGGGAUACCAUAACAACCCGGCCGCGACGGCGGGCUGUCUCUCGCCCGACGGAUGGUUCCAGACCGGAGACGUGGGCUACCAAGAUAAGGACAAGAACUUCUUCAUCACGGAUCGCGUGAAGGAGCUCAUCAAGUACAAGGGCUUCCAGGUGGCGCCUGCCGAGUUGGAGGGCAUCCUGGUGGACAACGAGGCCAUCGAGGAUGUGGCGGUCAUCGGCGUGGAGAGCGAAGCGCAUGGCACGGAGGUACCGCUGGCUUUUGUCGUGCGAGGCGCAAAGAGCAAGGCGUCGGGUGUCAGUGCUGAGCAAGAGGCUGCGAAUAUCGUGAAAUGGUUGGAUGAUAAGGUUGCGUAUCACAAGAAAUUGCGCGGAGGGGUGCGAUUCGUCGAUGAGAUCCCUAAGAGUGUCAGCGGGAAGAUUCUGCGUCGCGUGCUGAAGAAGCAGGCGAAGCAGGAAGCUGCUGCCCCGAAGGCGAAACUGUAA